UCCUCUUUCUCGCCAGCUUUCCACACCAGCAUCUCGAAAAUGGACGACAUAGAAUUACAGUCGCGUCAACCUCCCACUCUCAACGCUCGAGCAUCAAAAACGUCGCUAGGAAUAUCAGUAGAACAUAAGAAUGACUCAACAACACCAUCACCACCACGCGACACCAGCCCAUCGCCGCAAAGCCAGUUUCCUGAAGGCGCGCGACUCAUAUUCCUCACCUUGGGCCUCAUGCUAAGCAUCCUCCUCGCCGCCCUCGACUUCUCCAUAAUCGCAACCGCCAUCCCAGCCAUCACCACAGAAUUCAACUCCAUCUCAAACAUUGCCUGGUACGGCUCCGCAUACUCCAUCACCAACGGCGCCUUCAAGCUCGUCUGGGGGAAAGCGUACCAGCAUUUCCCCCUCAAACGCGUCUUCAUGCUCACCGUGACCCUCUUCGAGCUCGGCAACAUCAUAUGCGGUGCUGCGCAGAGCUCCGAGGCGUUGAUCUUGGGGAGAGUGGUGGCCGGGUUGGGUGGAGGUGGGGUCAUGACGGGCGCGUUUAUCAUCAUCGCGGUUAGUGUGGGCGAGGAUAAACGCCCGGCUUUUAUGGGGGUUGUGAGUGCUACGUUUGGGAUUUCGAGUGUGGCGGGGCCGUUGUUGGGGGGUGGGUUGACGGGGAGCGUGGGGUGGAGGUGGUGUUUUUGGAUCAACCUCCCCAUCGGCGCUCUGGCAGUAGCUAUAGUAGCCCUCUCCUUCCGCUCCCCUCUCACGCCUCCGCGAGAAAUGAAACGCAUCCAGAGAUUCGCCAGUCUCGACAUCGGAGGCGGUCUCCUAGUGACCUCCUUCUUCACCUGCUUCGUGCUCGGGAUGCACUACUCCAGCAUCUCCCCAUGGACCUCUCCACGCGUCCUCUGCAGUCUCAUCGGCUCGUUCCUCAGCUUCUGCGCCUUCGUCUUCAACGAGUACAAGAUGGGCGACAAAGCAAUGGUGCACGCGCACCUCCUCCGUCGUCCCAAAGUCGCACUAAACCUGGCGUUUAUGUUUUUCUUCGCAGGCGUGUUUCAACCCCUUCAAUACACGCUCCCCGUUCAAUUCCAAUCUGUAGAUGCGGCCUCGCCGUCGCAGAGCGGCGUUCGGCUUAUCCCGCUGCUCUUAGGAGUCUCCGUUUUCACGGCGACGUCGAACGUGCUGCUCACGUGGUGGCGCCACUACAAACCGCUACUUCUGGGCGGCGCAAUGCUGGCUACUGCUGGAACGAUCAGCAUCUACAGCGUUGAUAAGCCUGCGUCGACGCGGACAUGGAUUGGGUUCGAGAUGCUGACGGGGAUGGGGAUUGGGAUCGCGCUGCAGAUCCCCAUGAUCUACAACCAGGCACUUGUGGAGAAGGACGAAGUCGCGCUUGUGACACCGCUGUCACUCUUCUCGGAGAAUGUGGGAACCACGCUGUUUGUAGCGUCUGGCGAAGCCGCGUUCGCGCAGGGCUUGGUGCGUUAUCUGAAAGCCAGUUUGCCUGAGCUGGAUCCCAAGGUUGUGGUAGAUGCGGGUGCGUUACAGAUCAGGAGUUUGUUUAGAGAUGAGGAGUUGAGGAUGGUGUUGGGUGGGUAUCUGCAUGGGUGUAGGGUCAGCCAUUUGUUGGCCGUGAGUUGUGGGGCUGUCACGUGUUUGGUUGCUGUGGCGGCUGCUGGGCCGGGGAUGGUGAGGGAAGUGAGGGAGAGGUUGGGGAAGAGUCAUGCUGGGUGA